UCCCCACCACCAUCUUCGCUCCUCUCCCUUUCAAAUAACCUCCUCCAAUGGCUUGGAUAUGGAUAACACUCACCUUCGCAUUGAUUGCUCAUCUCUUAUUGCGAGCUUUGCUAUGGAAAACACAGGGCAAGAAGAGAUUGCCUCCUGGUCCAAGAGGGUUCCCCAUUCUUGGAAACCUUCAUCUGUUAGGACAAAACCCUCACCAUGAUCUUCACAAAUUAGCUAAAAAAUAUGGACCCCUCAUGCACUUGCGCCUCGGGCUCGUGCCCGCGAUCGUUGUCUCGUCGCCCAAAGUGGCCGAACAAUUCCUCAAGACCCAUGAUGUUGUUUUCGCGAGCCGGCCGCCUCAUGAGGCCUCGAAGCACAUCUCUUACGAGCAAAGGAGCUUGGCGUUCGCACCGUAUGGCCCAUAUUGGAGGAACAUCAGAAAAAUGUGCACUUUGGAGCUCCUUAGCAAUGCAAAAAUCAAUUCCUUCAAGUCCAUGAGAAGAGAGGAGGUUGGUUUGCUUGUGAAUUUUCUCAAAGACGCAUCUCACAAUCGCACGACCAUCGACUUGAGCGCGAAUAUCUCGUCGCUAAGCGCCGAUAUGAGUUGUCGGAUGGUCUUUGGGAAGAAGUACAUGGACAAGGAGUUUGACGAGAGAGGGUUCAAGGCCGUUAUUCAAGAAGUGAUGGUGUUGGGCGCUACACCGAACAUCGGUGACUAUGUUCCUUAUUUAGCAUCAUUUGAUCUCCAGGGGUUGACGAAACGCAUGAAAGCCGUGAGCAAAGUGUUCGAUGCCUUCUUUGAGAAGAUUAUUGACGAGCACGUGAAGUCUAAGAAAGAUGAAGGAGAGAGCAAAGAUUUUGUUGAUGUCAUGUUGGGUUUCAUGGGAUUGAACGAGGGAGAGUACCAUAUCGACAGGCCCCAUAUCAAAGCCAUAAUUAUGGACAUCAUGUUGGGUUCGAUGGACGCUUCAGCGACAGCAAUAGAGUGGGCAAUGGCCGAACUUAUAAAGCAUCCCAGUUCAAUGAAAAAGCUCCAAGAAGAACUAGAGAAAGCCGUGGGACUGAAUAAAGCAGUGGAGGAAUCAGAAGUAGAGGGCUUGGACUACUUAGACGUGGUCAUCAAGGAGACCUUAAGGCUUCACCCGGUGGCUCCACUUUUGCUUCCCCACGAGGCGACGGAGGACUGCACAGUGAGCGGCUUCCACAUACCCUACAAGUCGAGGGUCAUUGUGAAUGUGUGGUCCAUCGGAAGGGACCCAAAAGUGUGGACCACUCACAAUCCAGAAGAGUUUGUGCCUGAAAGAUUCUUAGGGUCGAGCAUGGACGUUAAGGGGCGUGAUUUUCAGCUCUUGCCGUUUGGGGCAGGCCGCCGAGGGUGCCCCGGGAUGCAACUCGGGUUGACCGUGGUGCGGUUCGUGCUUGCGCAGCUUGUACACUGCUUUGACUGGGACCUUCCUGGCGGCAUGUUGCCUAGUGAGCUUGAUAUGACCGAGGAGUUCGGGCUCACUACUCCUAGAGCCAAGCAUCUGGUGGUCACACCUAAGUACCGUUUGAGUGAGUAAAAGAGAGUUAACUUUUUAAUGGGUGAUUCAGUUGCCCAAAAUAAGUCUCGUGGUGUUAGUUUUAAUACCAAAUGGAUGGCAUACUGAUUUGUAAUGCAGUGUUAGCUUGAUUUUCAAGGUCUUAUUUUCCUCUGAAUGAAAUUCGAAUAAAGCAUUGUGUUGUGUUUGA